GAUACCCGGAAGUUCUUUGACAUAUCAUGUGAUUCGCUAAUGUUGCUCCAGCCUUUAGAUAAGAAACGCUAGUUCCAAAUAGCUAAACAUUUACUGAACGCUUUUAGGCAGACAUACUAAUUUUAACCACGCAAGAUGCAGAACGUCAUUAACACAGUAAAAGGCACGGCUCUUGGAGUGGCCGAGUUUCUCACGCCAGUGCUCAAGGAAUCGAAAUUCAAAGAAACUGGAGUCAUCACACCGGAAGAGUUUGUUGCCGCUGGAGAUCACCUGGUCCACCAUUGUCCAACAUGGAAAUGGGCCAGCGGUGAAGAAGUUAAAGUAAAGCCGUAUUUGCCCCCUGAUAAACAGUUUCUUCUCACGCGCAAUGUUCCCUGUUACAAGCGCUGUAAACAGAUGGAAUACUCUGACGAGUUGGAGGCCAUUAUCGAGGAAGAUGACGGCGACGGAGGCUGGGUGGACACUUAUCACAACGCAGGCAUGCUAGGCGUCACUGAUGCUGUACAGGAAAUUUCACUGGACAAUAAUAAGGACAAGAAUAUGAAUACCACGUCUGCGGCAUGUUGUGAUGAUGAUGAAGACGACGAAGACGGAGAGGCAGCGGAUAUGGAAGAAUACGAAGAAAGUGGCUUACUGGAAACUGAUGAGGCAACCUUAGACACUAGUAAAAUGGUGGAAGCCAAAGUGAAAGUGGAGGCUGGGAAUGAAGAUGCUAUCCUUCAGACAAGAACAUACGACCUUUACAUUACAUAUGAUAAAUAUUACCAGACGCCUCGACUCUGGCUCUUUGGAUAUGGUGAGGACCGGCAGCCUCUAUCCGUGGAGCAAAUGUAUGAAGACAUCAGUCAGGACCACGUGAAGAAGACGGUCACCAUCGAGAACCAUCCACACCUCCCCCCGCCAGCCAUGUGCUCCGUCCACCCCUGCAGACAUGCUGAAGUGAUGAAAAAGAUCAUUGAGACGGUGGCUGAAGGAGGUGGUGAGCUCGGAGUACAUAUGUAUCUUCUCAUUUUCCUCAAAUUUGUCCAGGCUGUCAUUCCCACAAUAGAGUACGACUACACAAGACACUUCACCAUGUAGCAUCAUGGACUAUGGUUACUACGGUUACUGUGAUUACACGCGAUCUGGUUGAUCUGGUCACCCGCAAAUGGUUGUGUUUUUCUGGAACACCUUGCACUGGUGCAGGAUGCCGAGAAUCAUGAUAUGACUCGCCGAAAUACUUUUUUUUUUUUUAAGGCUGUAGGAUGUCAGACUCUUAAAGGAGGGCUUUUUCCAGUGGGGACACACACAUAAAUAUAUAAUCGGGUCCAUUCAGCGCUUAAAUGUGAUGUAUUUUGCACAUAUGUAAAUCACUAUCAAACAUUCUAAGAACAAUUUUAGCAGUUAGACUCCACCCUGCGCUCAGCUAAGCUAGGCUAACGCGCCAUCCAUCCAUCUAUUGUCUGUACUGUUCGCGCUCAUUAGGGUUGUGGAUGAGCUGGAGCGUAUCCCAGCUGAGUCAGGGUGAAAGAUGUAUUCAUACCCUGGGCUGGUCUUUUAAUCAAUCGUUGACACUCACAUUCACACCUAUGGGUCAUUUAGAGUGGCUAGUAGCUCAGGUUUAAUGUGGUCCACAUGCUACGCUGCUUUCAGCUUACAUUAGAUUAGGCUCUCACCGUCACCGUUCAGGUUUUUAAUUUGACUUAACCAAAAAAAGUAGCAAUCAGGACUAAAAAAAACACAGCAAAAGUAAGAUAUAGCAUAACAAAACUAUACUGUAGUUUCAGGUCAUGGAUUUGGACGGCUUCAAAGCUUUCACUUGUACAGUAUCUCUGCUAUGUUGCACGAGGGCUGAGUUUCCAUGCUAGUGCAAAUUUCAAGAGCUGGCUUAGCAGUGUUGUAAAGCAACUGUCAUUUUCCUAAUAAGCUAAAUAUGUGUAUGGUCGUUCAGACAGCUUGUGUGGUUAACAUGGCAGCAGAAAUGAUCUUUGUGGUCGGUUUGUGUCAAAUAAUGAACAAUGUAUACAUAUUUGUAUUUUAUGUGCUACCUGUGAAGUCGCUUGAUCACUUUUUAAUUGACGUAUCAAUAAAGUUGCCCAUAAUAAUA